AUGGAAAAUUAAGUUGAGUAGGAAAAUACUGAAUUGCCAUUUGUGAGAGAGUAACACGCUAACCUGUUAUUGAAUUUGGAUAAGACUCUAGAUAGUGAUGCAAUUGGAUAGUAUACUAAUGAACAUCUGAAACUGCCUGGUGGAUAUUGGUGCUUAGGGGCUUUGUACUUAUUGAAUAAGGUUCCUUAGUCAAGACAACAAGAGAUAUCUUAGUUUAUUAAAGCAUGCUAGCAUGAGUGUGGUGGUUUUGGAGGUAACAUUGGGCACGAUCCAGGUCUCGUUAAUACUCUUUAUGCCUUGCUUAUCCUAGCCAUGUAUGAUAGUUUGGAAUCUGUAGACUUAGAGAAGAUGGCAACUUAUAUUGCUAGUUUACAGAAUGAGGAUGGUUCAUUUAAAGGUGAUUAUGCCGGAGAAGUAGAUACAAGAUUUAGUUAUAGUGCCCUCUCAGCUUUAAAGUUACUAGGUAAAUUAGACCUUAUUGAUAGAAAGAAGGCAAGAGAUUUUGUAUUGAGAUGUCAUAAUAUUGAUGGAGCAUUUGGCGGAGUGCCAGGUGCAGAAAGUCAUGCUGCUUAUACCUUUUGCUCAAUAGGAGCAUUAAAGAUAUUAGAUGAUGAGGAUUUAAUUGAUAGAGACAAAUUAGGGGCUUGGCUCAGCAAAAGAUAAACUCUCUAAGGGGGCUUCAAUGGUAGACCUGAGAAACUACCAGAUGUUUGUUAUUCUUGGUGGAUCUUAUCUACAUGCUUCAUGAUAGAAAGACAGUAGUGGAUUGACUUCGCAGGAUUAAAAGACUAUGUGCUUAAUUGCUAAGAUCCUGAGAACGGAGGGAUCGGCGAUAGACCUGGCAAUGAGGUUGAUGUUUUCCAUACAUUUUUUGGAUUAACAGCUUUAUCAUUAAUGGGAUUCUAUGAUUUAGAGAAAAUUGACCACGUUUAUGCAAUCCCAGUAAAGGUUAUCCAAAAGCACUUUCCUCAUAUAUAUAAUUGA